AUGGGCCGCGAGAAAGAGAAACCCGUCCUCGAUAUCGUCCUCGACUCGCAGACCCUCGUUCUCAAAGGGACAGCCCAUGACUUCGAGCCUACGCGACUCAGCGGCCAGGUUUCAUUGCUGCUCGCUGAACCAACGACGCUGAAAGAGCUCAAUCUCCAAUUCAAAGGGAAGGUUCGCUUGCCUCCUUCGGCCUCAGACUCUCUCAUCACGCCACCACCCACCUCUGUCGUUCUCAGCCACGAUUGGUCGUUUCUCGAAGGCGACAAGAAACACUCUAGGACUCUGAAAGCAGGUCGCCAUCUAUUCCCCUUUUCCCUCGACAUCAGCGGCGCGCUACCCUCCUCCAUCUUCACGACAGCGCUCGGCGGUAGCUCGAUAUCUUACCGACUUCGCGCCAUCGCAGUCCGUCCAGGCCUUGCGUACAACCUCCAACACAUCGUUCCGAUCUACAUAGUCCGUUCAUUCACACCUGAGGCGCUCGAGUACCAGCAGACGCUCGAGAUCGAGAACACAUGGCCCGACAAGCUCAUGUACGCCGUGACCCUCCCGCACAAGGCCUGGGCGGCCGGCGACACCAUUGUGGCAAUUCUCAAGUUCUCGCCGCUGGUCAAAGGAGUCGCAAUCCAGAGCAUCGUGAGCAACUUAUGCGAGACAACGAAGGUGCAUAGUCGAGGAGGAACACGGGAGGACACGAAGGUGGUGGCGACUGUAAAGCAUGAGAUCGUGGGUGGACGGGCGGUAGAAAUGGACACACAAGAUAUCGCAACUGCGAGCUCCUCACCUCAAUCGAUCGACGCCAGCGACAUUGUCACUUACAUCAAAUUACCGCUACCUUCAAGGUGCAAUUUCCAGCCCGUUACCCCCGUCUUGUCACCCGUUUCUCCUGCCUUCCCAACGACGUCCUCGCCCAGCGAUACGAGUCCUUCUACUUCCGCUCCCCAUCAAGUCUAUAACCCCAUCCCAUUCCGUCGAACCCAUUACCGUCACCCACCGCAUUCGUUGGUCAAUACACAUCCACAAUUUCGACGGACAUAUCUCCGAGCUGCGAUGCUCGCUCCCGGUGCACAUCCUCGACGGGCGCACACUCGAGGACGCGCGUUCGUGUAG